AUGGUUGGGCUCAUAGCAAGUGCGUACAAGUCCCCUCCCUCUACCAGAAUUACUGCUACCCUCACUACUGCUGUGCAGAUUGUGGGUCUAUGUGAUGAGGAGUUACGUCUAGUGCAGCGCUGGACAGGAGGUCAGGUCGCAGAUAUUUUGCGACAGCAGGAUGCCACUGGUGGUGGCCUGCUAGUAACAGACCUGUGGCGGGAGCAGAGCAUCUUCGAGUUGGAGCCUGGCCUGGCAGAAUACAUUAACGAGCGCAUGCGUCGCGAGGGUUCCAAUCUCUCUGGGGUGACCACGCAGUUCUUUGCCUGGGCCGCCAUUGAUCCUCUCCAACUUGCUGAACUUCUGCCUGGUGAAAUUGAAGCCAAUGCUGCUGCCACUGCAGCCGCCUCUCAGAGGAACCGCGCUGUUGCCAUGGAGACUGAUGACAGUGGUUCUGUCACCACUUUGCAUAAGGCUCCUUCCUCUGUCGCCACACAUAUACCUACCAGCAUCAAGGCCGGCGACGAUGUGUAUAUCGACAUCGUAGGCGAUGGUUCAUUAUGUUCGAGUGACCCUCCAAAGGCCAAAACAGCAAAGAACGAGCCGACUUUACCGGUGACAGACAUCUCCGACAUGGGCAUAGCCAUUGCCACUGCUGACGUGAACCAGCAACAACAGGGGCAGUCCAUAGGCAAGGAGCGGUGUGAAAAAAAGGAGGAUACGAAUACUUUCCGCAAUAGUGUGGCCUCCGUAAAUACUGCACUCAACUCAUCAGCGUCCCCGUUGGAUCUUUUGACCGAUAUGCGUCUCCGAAGAUCUGCCACAGGGAACAUUUCAAAUGCAGGCAGUUUUAUAGCAUCAAGUGGCGGAUGUGGCGGGGGCGGUUCCUCCUCCCUUCCUGGUACUCCAGGCUCAUCAGUCGGUGGUGGCGGUGGUGGAUGUGGUGACUCUGCUCCAUGCACUCCUCUGGCUCAUCUCUCGCUCUCUCCCGCCAGUCUGGAGAUGCACCCCUCUCGCGCCAUUGACUGUCUCGAUGUUCACUUCUCCAUUGAAGCUGGCGAACUUCUCCCACUAGCCAUCUGCGACCGCCUUAAACACGGCCGACAUUUCACUUUCCUCAAUGCCAAUUCCCCUGAACAUGCCAUCACUCUUGUCCCACCUGGCGUCACGGGUGCUAUGGUCUCGCCCGACGUACCUUUCGUUUCUCGUGGGCCCUGGCUGCAGAUUUACCUUCCAAAAGAUUUCCUUGGACAACUUGAGCGCCAAUUUUCAAUUCUACAAUAUCCCGAGGAAGUAGUCCUCCCCUUGGUUUUUCGGUGGCCGGAGCGACGCCUUCGGAUCUGCAUUCUAGAUGCGAGCAAUGCCCAACCGCCACCAUUGAAUGCAGCACUCUCUGUGGUACCCCGAUCGUUUCCCAAUUCUGCGCCUCCGUUCACGCCACCUUCCUUGCCACCGAGUAUUUUCCCACCGGGCUGUGUACCGCCGCCACAGGUGCUUGCGGCUUUUAUUAGCUCCCAGCAAGGCAGAGGGGUUGGCGGAUUACUGGGUUCUGUGUCGCCACCGGGAUCAGGUGCUUCGAGUAGUCAGAGUCCACCCUUUUUGUCGCACGUUCCGAUGGGUAAGCCAUCCCCAGUCUCAGCGCCACAUCUCCCUGCCUCCACUGCGCCAUCAUCCACUCUCAUGGAGGCAAUGCUAGCGUCCUUCAUGAGUUUAUAUGGCAACAAAGGCGCAUUUGGAGGUCCAUUCGCUAUGCACCCCCCCCCACCAUCAUCGGACCCUUCUGGCAUACAUCCACCCUGGUGA